AUGCCCAUCAGCAAGAAAGCAAGAAUCCAGCGCGAGCACAGGGCCGCCGAAAAGGCCGGCACUCGCAUCCCUCACAAGCCGAAUGGUCUCCCUGUCAAGCCUCCCAAGCCCACAUCAAUCUGCCAAAACUGUCGCAAGGAGAUUGUCAACACCAACAAGACCCAGCUUGAGGUUCACGCUGGCACCCAUGACGCCAAGCUCUGGCCCAAGGAGAAGUGCUGGCCAAACGACUUCCCUGCGGCUUAG